AGACUUAAGCAAUAUAUCUGUUGUGUUUAUAUCCCUUGUAUUUGUACUCUCUUGGUCCUAACAUACUUUAUGUUUGUACCCACUUCGUGUCUUUAUUACUGUAUAUUACAUCACUCCUAUUAACCAAACUUAUUCAAAUAUGGUUGUCACACAAUUCUAUCUUAGGUGUCUCGUAAAUAUAUAUAAGAGCCUAAUCUUAGUACAGUCUUGCUAUUGUCAGCUCAUUGGGCUGACGAUAAGCUUAUCACACUAGAUGGCAAGAAAAACACGUAUUUCUGCGUACUUUUUAUCCCUUUAAUAUACAUUCACACACUCAUUAUUGUCAGCCUAUUGGGCUGAUUUUAGAAUUUUCCAUCUUAGUAUAUUACCAUAGCAGUAGUGCAUCAUUUAAUACACACGUGAUGAACUUUGAAUCAGUCUUUGAUGGAAUUUUGCGUAUGUAUAUAUAUAUAUAUAUAGGGGAAGAAUUGUAAUUGGUCUUGGUCCAUCCUAUCAUUGUUUCCCUGAACUUGAGAGAAGAUGACUUGUAUUACACAUAAUGGAGUAAUAUAUACAAGGCGUGGAGUUUAAGUCAUAUUAUUAUAUAUAUUAGUCUUCUCUCAGAAUUCUUCAUUCAUUACAGGGGUACUUCUUUCUGGGUAAUUUCCCAUCCUCUUUCUGGUUAGAACUCCCUCAGAAGAUCCACAAAAACAGAUUGUAGAGGUGAUGGGAGGUAAAAGUUCGAAAGAGACGACCCAAAGGCAUUUCCCAUCGUAUAGUCACCAACCGUACCCACAAUCGCCUUACCAUCAGCAGCAUCCAAGCCAUACCCCUCGGCAUCACCACGCCCCUGCACCAUAUGAACAUGGGGGCCAUACCCAUCGUAAAAACCAGAAGUUGGAGAAGAAGUUUUCAAUCAUAUCUGAUGAUUACCAUACACUGGAACAGGUUACAGAUGCCCUUGCCCAAGCUGGACUAGAGUCCUCUAAUCUCAUUGUUGGUAUUGAUUUCACAAAAAGCAAUGAGUGGACAGGUUCAAGAUCAUUCAAUCAUCGGAGCUUACAUCACAUUGGAAGUGGUCUGAACCCAUACGAACAAGCAAUAUCUAUUAUCGGGAAAACUUUAUCUGCUUUCGACGAGGAUAACUUGAUUCCAUGUUUUGGAUUUGGAGAUGCCUCAACACAUGAUCAAGAGGUUUUCAGUUUUGAUCCAGAGGAAAGAUAUUGUAACGGAUUUGAGGAAGUACUGAGAAGAUACAGAGAAAUAGUUCCGCAUCUUAAACUUUCAGGACCCACAUCUUUUGCCCCGAUAAUAGAAAUGGCUAUGAGUAUUGUCGAGGAGAGUGGCAGCCAGUACCAUGUGUUGCUGAUAGUUGCUGAUGGGCAGGUGACGAGAAGUGUUGAUACUGCGCAUGGUAAGGUCAGCCCACAGGAACAGAAUACUAUCGAUGCCAUUAUCAAAGCAAGUGAGUACCCCUUGUCGAUAAUCCUAGUAGGGGUAGGAGAUGGCCCAUGGGACACGAUGAGAGAGUUCGACGAUAACAUUCCUUGUCGAGCAUUUGACAAUUUUCAGUUUGUGAAUUUUACGGAAAUCAUGUCAAAGAACAUGGAUCCUUUGAGAAAACAAACAGAAUUUGCUCUCUCUGCGUUGAUGGAAAUACCUUCUCAAUAUAAAGCAACUCUUGAAUUGAGUAUCUUGGGUCAACGAACGGGAAAUGCUCCAAAAAGGGUCCCUCUUCCCCCACCUCGUUACAGUGCAGCUUCUACCGGCAAUAGCUCAAAACCAUACAACUCAAGCAGUUUUCAGCAAAGUACCCCUCCUUACCAAGGAUACGAUACUGCAACUUCAGGCACUGCUCCAUAUUCAAGCGUUGAUCAGGUUAGUAUCUCAAUCAAUAUUCCUGCUAUACCCUCUAUUGAGUUAAACACUUUCCUUCAUGCCCUUUGUUUUUUUAUCUUGUUACAGGUUUGCCCUAUAUGUCUUACUAAUCCGAAGGACAUGGCUUUUGCUUGCGGGCAUCAGACUUGCCGUGAUUGUGGAGAACACAUCAGUUCAUGUCCCAUUUGCCGCGCACCAAUCAAAACCAGAAUAAGGCUCUAUUAACAGGUUUCUCUUGGUUCCUCUGUGGUCUGUUACUGCUCUUGAUCGGCUAGCGGUGCAUCAGACGGCCUGGAUUUCGAGGAAAAAAAGAGGAUCCGGGUUGUCCUUUUUGGAGAGUUGCAAAUGAUAAAGGUUAGCCAUACUCGAUCUUUGACCCGAAAUGUAAUAUAUUAGCCUGGUACAAAUUACUUGAGAUGGAUUCGUUGCCCGAGCGCAGGAUGGAUGAGUUUAUGUCAUCACAGAUACUCCAUUGUUUUGUGGGUACUUAGAAGUAGAGAAUACGUACAUUCUUUUGGUUUGUUUGAAGGUUGUGAGUAUUCUUUUGCAAGGGAUCGCAAUAACUUGUGUGAAAUUAUCAAAAUUUUCAAGCUCGAUUCUUGUUA